AUGGCGUCCUCUUUGGCUGAAUUUUGUGUUCAACUUCCCAAAGUUGAACUUCAUGCUCAUCUUAACGGCAGUUUGAGUCCUGCCACCAUGCGUGAGUUGGUAGAACGCAAAAAGGCUGAGAAACCUGAGCUUGCAGAAUUCAGAAUCCCAGACUCUUUGGAAAUGGAUAGCUUUUUUCCAUUGUUUAAAUUCAUUUACCAGUUGACUGAUGACGAAGAAAGCGUCCGAAUCGCCACUAGAAAAACGAUAGACGAAUUCGCUAAGGAUGGUGUUAAAUAUUUGGAAUUAAGAUCUACUCCGAGAAAGAACGAUGAAACAGGCAUGACUAAAAUAUCUUAUCUUGAGGCCGUUUUAUCUGUUGUCGAAGAGCCCAGAGCUGAUAUUAUCGUCAAAUUUAUUAUCUCUAUUGAUCGCCGUAAUACAUUAGAGGAGGCUCAAGAAGUUGUUGAUUUAGCCUUGGCCUUUCAGUCUCGUGGUAUCGUAGGUAUCGAUCUCUGUGGUGAUGUCAAAGUGGGUCUUUUUAACAAUUUAAGACCUGCAUUUGAAAGAGCAAAGGAAAAUGGUUUUCCUCUUACUAUUCAUUUUAACGAAGUAAUUGAAAACCUCGGUGAGGCUCCUGAUGUCUUGUCUAUUAAACCCGACAGACUGGGACACGCAACAUUUUUGGAUGAUUACUGUAGACAGGUGAUCUACAAAGAAAAUAUUCCUGUCGAAAUAUGCAUGACCUCAAACCUUGUUUGCAAGACCACCAGUGCCCUCAAGGAGCACCAUAUCAAAGAGCUUCUGAACGAUAACCACCCUUUCAUCUUAUGUGUAAGAGAGAAAAAAAUCUAA